UUAGUCCGAGUGUCAGUCGUUAGCCGUCGCUCGUAUCGCACCACAAACCACAAGUUCAGCACAACUUUCUACUGUAGAAACAGUGACGAAAUAUUUUAUUAAUUUUUUUCUAUCUUACUCGUUUUAUUCGUUUCACGUUGUUACACUAUUUAAGAUUCGUUGACUAAAUUAAUGUCGCGGGUUAUUUAUUUUAAUGAUUUAGAUUAGGCCAGUGGGUGGUCGAACAUUUACCACUGAUUUGUAGUUUGAUGAUCGAAUUCACUGAGAAUUUGAAAAUUUGUAUUUAAUAAUGGACCAGUGGUUGUUAUGGUUUGGCUACUUAGUAGCUUCUACUUAUGGACUUUCAUUACGCCACGCUAGGCAUCAAAGCGUCGGGACACCAACGGCCGAAGAAAUACUGGAACCACAGAUCCUAAUUGAAGACACCGAUCAUGUAUUCAGACAACGCGCAUCAGAUAUGUUUGCCCAAGAGCCAGAAUACACGGAGAAGCGAAACCUUAAUCAUAGACGGAGAUCCGAAUUUAGUGGAAACCAAGAUACUGAUUUUGCAUCUUCCGGAGAAACAUACAGUGCAUAUACAUCGGACGAUCCACUGAUAAUUCACACAAAUAAGGGUAAGAUCAGAGGCAUCACACAGACAGCGACGACUGGAAAAUUAGUUGAUGCUUGGCUAGGAAUACCAUAUGCAAAAAAACCAAUAGGUGAUCUUAGGUUUAGGCACCCUCGUCCAAUUGACCGCUGGGACACAACAAGUCCAGAGACGAUUCUUAACUGUACUACUCCACCAAACACAUGCGUUCAAAUAUUUGACACGUUAUUUGGUGAUUUUCCCGGUGCUACAAUGUGGAAUCCAAAUUCCCCGGUAUCCGAAGAUUGCCUCUAUAUCAACGUAGUAGUGCCAAAGCCUAGACCACAAAAUGCAGCGGUAAUGGUGUGGAUUUUCGGUGGAGGCUUUUACUCUGGGUCUGCUACUUUGGAUAUUUACGAUCCCAAAAUACUCGUGUCGGAAGAAAAUGUGAUUUUGGUAUCCAUGCAGUAUAGGGUCGCGUCAUUAGGAUUUUUAUACUUUGACACUGAAGACGUUCCAGGAAACGCUGGACUUUUCGAUCAGCUAAUGGCUUUGCAGUGGGUACACGAGAACAUUAAAUUAUUUGGUGGCAAUCCGAACAACGUGACACUUUUCGGUGAGUCGGCCGGCGCCGUUUCAGUUUCACUGCACUUAUUGUCUCCAUUGAGUAGAAACCUUUUUAACCAAGCCAUCAUGGAAUCAGGAUCCUCGACAGCACCUUGGGCAAUUUUGUCACGGGAAGAAAGUUUUAGUAGAGGACUUAAGCUGGCAAAGGCAAUGGGCUGUCCAGAUGACAGAAACGCCAUACAUAAAACAGUUGAGUGCUUAAGAAAAGCGAACAGUUCAAUGAUGGUCGAAAAAGAAUGGGACCACGUGGCUAUAUGUUUUUUCCCGUUCGUGCCGGUAGUCGAUGGUGCAUUUUUAGACGAUCAUCCUCAAAAGUCUUUAUCAACGAACAAUUUUAAAAAAACGAAUAUACUCAUGGGCAGUAACUCUGAAGAAGGUUAUUAUUCAAUAUUUUAUUAUUUGACGGAGCUUUUCAAAAAGGAGGAAAACGUGAUGGUAUCUCGUGAAAAUUUUGUUAAAGCUAUUGGACAACUUAAUCCGAAUGCAGAUGCGGCAGUUAAAUCGGCUAUAGAGUUUGAGUACACGGAUUGGUUUAGCCCGAAUGACCCAGAAAAAAAUCGAAACGCUCUGGACAAAAUGGUCGGUGACUAUCAGUUUACAUGUAACGUCAAUGAAUUCGCUCAUAAAUAUGCACUUACCGGAAACAAUGUAUACAUGUAUUACUUUAAACAUCGUUCUUUAAACAAUCCAUGGCCAAAAUGGACGGGUGUGAUGCAUGGUGAUGAAAUCAGUUAUGUGUUUGGAGAUCCAUUAAAUCCAAAUAAACGCUACGAAAUUGAAGAAAUCGAACUUAGCAAGAAAAUGAUGAGAUACUGGACAAAUUUUGCCAAAACAGGAAAUCCAAGCAAAACACUUGAAGGGUCUUGGGUCACGCCCAAGUGGCCUGUACACACGGCGUAUGGAAAAGAGUUUCUAACAUUAGAUACAAAUAACACUUCUAUCGGCGUUGGGCCAAGACUAGAACAAUGUGCUUUUUGGAAAAACUACGUUCCUGAUCUUACGGCCAUUUCAAAGAGUAUGAAGUCUGACAAAAACUGUACAACCAUAAGUGGAGGGACCAAAACUAACGUGAUCGAGUUAUCGGUUUGGACGAUUGUGAUGACAACUGCCGUUUUGAUGUUAUGAAUUUCAUUUUGAUUCGUCUUUUAAAAAAAAAAAACAUGAAAAAAGUUUUUUUUAAAAAAACACACAUUUGUAAUAAUUUCAAGCUGUUGGUAACAAAAGAAUUUCGAGGACAAUUCAGUCUAGGCUACCGUUGGGCUUCCAGCAGAAUCGCGCGCACAAAAUAAAAUUCGUUUUUUUUUCUCUAAAAUUUAUAUAGGCCUACUAAACGGCAAUAUUGCGCUAUAGUUGUUAGCCAAUCGGCCUUCGCGUGGGACGCGCGACGUUGGCAAUUUUCUCACACCGUACUUAGGCUUAAACAUUUUUUUACCAUGUAUAUAACAAUUAUUAUUAUUAUUAUUAUUACUAUUAUACUUAUUAUUAUAUUUAUUUUUAAAUGAAUCUAUAUAUAUAUACAUAUUAUAUGUAUGUAUAACAUAUCAUCGUGUACCUUUAUAAUAUUGUAGGUGUAGAAUGUUGGUUUAAAAUUAGCCAAUAUCGUUCCACUUCAAAGACUUUGUUUUUGUUGUGGUAAAUAAUAGUGGCCUAUAUAUAAUAUAAUAUGUAUAUGUUAUUAUUGUAAUUUUAUUCCACUUGAAAAAAUUUAGUUUUACACGACUUUCGCUUCCGAAAAAUUCAAUCAUUGUUGUCCGAACAAUAAUAAAAUAAUUUAAUCAUUUGAACAAUAUUAUAAUUUACUAAACCAUACUGCGCAAGUGCGAUAAAAAAAAAAACAAACAAAAAAAAAUCCAAGUACAAGAUUUGCGUUUAUUAUAUGCAUUCGACUCUUGGCUUGCGCGCGCAGGACUGUUGUCCAUUGCCAUAGAUAAGUUAUUAUAGUUAUUAAGAUGCUUAUUGUACAAUUUUCGUAUUGUUUUCAAUGUUCUAUUUGUUGUUAAGUGUUCAUUCUUGUUUUACUUUAAGCUUAGUAUUAUUGAAAGAACAUUUAAACUGCCAUCAAUUUAAUCGUUUCUGAGUGUAAUAAAACGAAAUUCAAGAACAAAUAUAUUUUUUUCCCUUA